UUCUGUGAUCUCAAGUGUCUGUAUUUAGGAACUUACCCACAUGGGUAUUUCCCGUAAAAUGCAUAGGAUUCGACAUCUUCGUGUUUGUACACGAAAGCGCAAGGAACCAUCUCCUCGAAUACAUUGCCGGCCAACCCGUGAGCAAGACUGUGCUCUACUGUCGGAUAUGGACAAACCAACGUAGGAAUUUUUUUGUCUCCAUGUGUGAACAGUGGAACCAAGAAGAACUGUUCACACAGAGCUUUUGAAUCAACAAUUUAUCAACAUCUUUGCUGCAAUAUUUCUAGAACUUUGAAGAAAGAGAUGAAAGGCCAACUAUCUUCCUGUGAGGAAGACGAGUAUAAUGAGUUAUCAAGAUCGGCACAGUACUGUUGGUGGCGCUCGGCUGCCAAGUUUGAUGAAUGCGUGAAGCUCAAGUAUGAAAUCCCAAAUGUUUCGACUCUAACACCUCGGCUUAAAGUGCUCAGGGAGAUGGAAAGGUUGGCUUUGAUUGCGCCGGAAGGGCUUAACGAGCUCCGGCACAAGCUUCAGAUGUAUCGUUCCGGCGAUUUUUGGGUGCCUACAGGAGGAAUCAGCAAGGAAGAGAUGGACAUUCCGCCAACUAUUACGAUUCUCUUGGUGGGUUUCACGGGUUCUGGCAAAAGCUCACUUGUGAACCUUAUGUACAGUGUUCUUGGGCGCUCUGGAAUCAUACCUUUUGCUCAAACCUCACUAGGAAGUUCUUCAAACUACACUACCAUGUUCAUGGAAGAGCACAAUGUGUCGAGGUCUAUGAAAAGUGGGUUUUGCGUGUAUGAUUCAAGGGGCUUUGAGUUUGAUCAAAUGGGUGAGAAUCUUGAAGAAUUGUCCAGUUGGAUGACUGACGGGGUUCAUCAUAAUCAGCUGUGCUUAAGGUCGGGAGAUAAUGCAUUGACCAAACAUGAUAUGGAAAAUCUUGCCUCGAAAUCAUCUUCAAAAUUCGUGAGGAGGAGAGUGAAUUGUGCAAUGGUGGUAGCUAACAUAGCAGAGAUCUACAAUGCUUAUAAAGCAGGUGACUUCAAGCCAUUGGAAGCCAUUAGGGAGCUCUUCUGCUCUCCUCUUUUGAGAAAAUCCAAUGAGAACCCUCUCUUGAUCUUGACCCAUGGUGACAUGUUAUCAACCGAGGAGAGGAUCGACGGCCGCCUGAAAAUAUGUGAAUGGGUUGAUGUAUCGGAGACGACGGGGGCGUAUGACAUUGUUUGCCUCACAGAGUACGGAUAUCUUGCAGAAGAAUCAGACCCCGUCACAGCCUAUGCCUUAUCCGAAGCAGUUUACAGAGCGUUGCUCAUAUCAGAAAGGGGACACUUUCCGAAGAAAAAUGUGUGGGACUGGGCAGUCCUCAUAUUGUCAUGGCUGAUGUGCUUCUUUGCUGCGUUCUUCGCUUUCCUUGCUGAUGUAUGUUCCAAACUUGGGCAGAAGGAGAAACUUAUGAAGUUGUGAAGAAUUAAUAUAGGUAGGAGUAUUGGGUCGUUCUUGAGGGAGCGUCUGCGGUUUUCACGGUAUAAGCUCCUUUUGAGCGAUGCUUAUUAUUUUUAACUUUUUUCUUUUUAAAAAAAAAACUGUGUAGUCUAGGCUACUGAUCUGUGUUUUAGUAUUUAGAUUAUGAGUAGGUGAUAUUUGACAUUGGCUAACUCGACAACUUGAUGUGUAAAUACAAAAUUGAGACAUAUUAGGUAGUCUAAUUUAGCUUCUGUUUGACCCCGCGAGACCAAGAUUGUAUUUGUAUCGCCUCUAAUAAAUAAUUUAGCUGCCUGUGUUAAGGCUGUUUGUG